AUGGUAAGAAUAGUCUCCGAACCCCAUAAUGCAAAAACCCACUUCAGCCAUCCCCACCCCUUGACACUCACCCCUCUCCACCUAACCCCAACUAUACCUUCAUCCUCCUGCCCGGCAUGCGAUCUCGGGCCCUGCGGCCCGGUAUACUCAUGCGCCGCAUGCAACUUUUUCCUCCACGAGAAAUGCCUCGACUUUCCUGCCAAGAUCACUCACCCUUUCCACAUGGAACACGUCUUCACCCUCCUACCCAGGCCCGCCUACCCGGACGGCCUCUUCAACUGCGACGCCUGCGGCCGACCGGGCCGGGGCUUCUGCUACCACUGCAACACGUGCGGCCUCGACCUGCACGCGACCUGCGCCUCCAUGCCGCUUUCCCUCGUGCACGCGUGCCACCCGCACGAGCUCAAGCUCGCUUUCAAGUCGCCCUAUGGUGACUUCUCCGGCUUCUGCUGCGAUAUAUGCAAGGGCCAGGGUGGGCCGGGCCACUGGCUCUACAGGUGUGGCCCGUGUGGAUUUGACGCCCACUUGAACUGCGCGUUUGGAUCCAAUGGUUUCGGGCCAAGCCUGCCGCAGCAGGGUGGUUAUACUGUGGGUGGGGUCUCGGGGGUAAAUAGUGCGGCGGCUAUUGGUGUUCCAGCCAUGGGCUCCAUGUUUUUCUGA